CAUAUUACUACACCAGACGGAAUUCAGUUGUGUACUGAACGUGUGCGUAGCAACAUGUGCCUAGCGGUACAGUAAGUUUUUUGUCGAACAUCAACAUGUUACGGAAUAAAUAUUCAAAAUCAUCCAGUUAUGCCGUGAUAUGUUCUUUAGAAACGACAACAUUUCUAUAUUCGACAUCGCUUUCGAUUUCAGCAUUUUUACAACAUAAUUUAUUGAUAAGAAAAGCAUGUAACCCUGUUGAACCUUUUGGUGAGUGCAUUAACGGCGAAACGAAUGCUCAACACGUUGUUUCUGUAAUGCAAUCAUGGAAGGCAUUUCUUCAAUAUAUAAUUCCUGUAUUUUUAAUUAUAUUAGCAGGGCCAUGGAGUGACAGUCAUGGUAAUCGAAGAAGACCAUUAAUGAUUUUACCAAUUGUUGGUCAAAUUCUUACUGAUGCACUGUGUAUAGUAAACGCUUAUUUUUGGUCAUGGCCUCCUCAAGUUGCGGCUGUUUUUGAAGGCAUAGUUCCUGGAAUGUUUGGUGCAAGGAGCAUGUUUUGGGUUGGUGUUAUUUCAUACAUAUCCGACAAUACGUCAUUGGAAGAAAGAACUUUACGAUUUGGAGUGAUAAAUGCCACAUAUUACAUUAGUUCAUUAAUCGGUACGGGAUUGUCAGGAAUAUUAAACAUAAAACUAGGAUUCUAUGGAGCUUUUGCUGUACCGAUCUCAUUGAAUUUCAUAGCUGUAUUUCUUAUUUUUUAUUUCAUUAAGGACACAUCUGUACCUUACGAUGAAAGUCAAAAAUGGUUAAGACCGAAUCAUAUCCUUCAAGGUUUUUUGUCUUUAUUUAAGGGUGAAGUGAAGAACUAUGCAUUAACUUUGAUAGUUUUAUUAGCAUGUCAAUCAGUUUUAAGUGGAAGAAUAGCAGCUGAGUAUUCUGUAAUGUAUUUAUUUGUCAGGUACAAAUUCAAUUGGAAAGAAAUUAAUUACAGUUAUUUUGCUGCUUUCAAAAUGACGAUGAUUUUCUUUGGAACCCUUUUUUCGGUCUCCGUUUUAAGCCACCGAUUUAAGAUAAAUGACGCAAUUAUUGGUGUAAUAGCUUGUUUAUUUGAUAUUAUUGUAGCAAUGAGUUAUUGUUUUGCUAAUGAACCUUGGCAAAUGUAUAUAAUUCCAAUUAUCGAUAUGUUUCAUGGUACAGCUCUUAAUAUUACUACAUCACUUACUUCAAAAAUGGUUAAAAGAGAAGAGUUUGGUCGAUUAAAUUCAAUUCAAGGAUUAGUUAAUACUGGAGAGUCAUUUAUUCUGGUUUCGUUAUACAGCACAGUGUACAACUUUACGUUUGAAUAUAUAACCGGAGCAGUAUUUUUGAUGAACGUUAUACUUACAUUACCACUUUUAUUCAUAUUCCUGACACUAUUUUAUAAAUGCAAGCACAUAUGGUCAGAAGAGAAAAAUAUUGCUAAUACAUAAUUUAAAAUACAUUUAUUUUGAAUUCGAUCAUGAGAUAAUUUAUAAUUUUAUGUUAUUUUUUUUUAUUAAAUUUAAUAUAUAUAAAGAUGUUAAAUUA